AUGGACAUGCUCUUGCCGUACAUCAGGCCGGACGCUGCGCGGACCCAGAUCCGACUGCUUCGCGUCGAAGCCAACCACGGCUCCGUGCCGGACGAUCCUUCAGACACGGCAUUCUUUGACCAUGCCACGGUGCGGUGCUCGAUCGAGGUAGUGUCGCUCGACGACGAUCCCAGCUUCGUUGCACUGUCCCACGCAUUCGGCGAUCCGGGGGAGACGACGCCGAUUGCAAUCGACGGGCCGAGUAUCUCAACUGGAGGCGCUAUUCAGGCAUACACCAAGCAGGUCGAGCUCGUCGUCCGAGAUGCACUGUACUAUGUAUACGCGGUCGAGCUCAUGUACCCGUUUUGCCAGAUGCUCAAGCUACACCAGCCACGCAGGGGCAUCCUCUUGCAGAGAAUGCGAAGCGAGACGCAGUGCAGACAAGACCAUCGGGCGGCCAGCACAGCCCAGGCAAGCACUACGACGGACGACCGCGGGGUCUACAGUCAUCAAGGAGACUACACUGGGCCGACCUGGUUGCCCGAUGUAACAAGACGCAACAUCCUGGAGGGUCCCCGGGUGCACGUCGCCCAUCUUCGCCAGAAGUGA